CUCUCUAUGUCAGCAAACUUCCAUUACCACCAAUGCCUCAACCCAGCGCAACGCGGUUCCUCCUCCUCCUGUCCCGCCGCACCCCAACCCGGAACCGUCCUCCUCCUCCCUACCAGCAGCGCCACCACCUCCGAACCAUCUUUGAUGGCAUAUUCAAGCCCGUCCGUGACCGCGGCCUGGAUCACGCGGUGGAGCGCGAGAAAAGCCUCAAACCCUUGAUCUCCCUCAAAACCCUCAUCAAACGAGAACCCUCCAAAUCCCUCCCUCUUUCACUCAUCAAAAGCACCCUCCACUUACCCUUCCGCCCCAUCGAAUUCAUCCGCAAGUACCCCUCCGUCUUUGAAGAGUUCCUCCCCACUCCCACCAUCCUUCAACCCCACAUCCGCCUCACACCGGAAAUCCUACACCUCGACGCCGAGGAGCAACUUGUAUACCAAUCACACCAGUUCAAACACCAAUCAUCUGACAGGCUCUUGAAACUCUUGAUGAUUGCAAGAAUCCACAAAAUCCCACUACCACUCAUUGAGCACUUGCGGUGGGACCUUGGCCUACCGGAUGACUACACCGAGACGGUUGUACCCGAGUUUCCGGACUACUUUCGAGUUGCAGGCGGGUUCCUUGAACUCGUCUGCUGGAGCCACGAGCUGGCGGUUUCGGUUAUCCAGAACCGAAACAAGAAAGAUGAAUUUGAUGGUCAAUUGGUGUUUCCUGUGCAGUUUUCUACUGGUUUUGAGAUGGAUAAGAAGUAUGACGGCGAGGAUGAUGAGGGCAGUGGCGAGGGUUCGAAGGAUUUUUCAAAUUGGGUCUAUGUGAUUUUUCUGAGUGCAGGCUAUUUUCCCCCUUUUUUUCUGCUUGCAUAA